ACAAAAUUAUCAAUAUCAAUAAUAAUAAUAAUAAUAGAUUCAUGUAGGCAUUCGACUAAAUUCACACCAGUUUGCUUCGGUCUUACAACCACCAGGGGAGACACAUCUUUACAAACCGCUUCUAAUGCUGCCAAGUCCGGCUCUAGCCGAGCCCCCGCCCGCAGGCACGCCGGGUUGCGAGUGCUCGGAGUGGGCGUUUCUCCAGCUCUCUCGCCGGUCUCUCUGACUGAGCUCCCCGCACUGGAACCAAACAAUCAGGUGAUUCUUCUCCAGGGCGUUGCGCACCGGACACCAACAUCACCGUCGUUUCAUUAAGAAAAAAAAACAAAAAAACCGGCCAGUUAUAUUGUACAUUCCGUUUCUCUAAAAAACACUGUUUUAUUUAUAUCGCUGUCUUUUAUAUUGCAGGAAAUUAUUUGCUGUAAAGUCUUGACAGAAAGGAGAUAAGCAGAAUGGAGACGGAAAUCCAUGUGCCCGUCGGUUCGCCGGUAAUCCGAAAAUUGUCAAUUUGCGUGGAUGAGCAUAAUGUAAUACCCGGUGCAUUGAAACUGAUCAAAAAGCUUCGACCCGCCUGGGACACCGACCGGGUACAAACCAAGUUGUUCACGGAUGGCAUCACUAACAAGCUGGUGGGCUGCUAUUUGGAGGAAUGCCCAACUGACACUGUGCUGGUCCGGGUCUAUGGGAACAAGACGGAGCUGUUUGUGGACCGUGACAACGAGCUGAAGAGUUUCCAAGUCCUGCACGCCAACGGCUGUGCCCCGCACCUCUACUGUACCUUCCAGAACGGGCUGUGCUACGAGUUCAUGCAAGGGGACGCACUGGGACCCCAACACGUCCGGGACCCUGUGCUUUUCAGACUGAUUGCUGUGGAGAUGGCACGGAUCCACACUAUCCAUGCGCACAACGGCUGCAUUCCCAAACCCAACCUGUGGAUCAAGCUGCGGAAAUACUUCUCCCUCGUGACAACAGAGUUCACGGCAGAGGCCUCCAACAUCAGGAUCCAGCAGGAAGUGCCCAGCCUGGAAGUGCUUGAACAGGAAAUGGCGUGGAUGAAGGAGCACCUCUCGCAGCUCGGCUCUCCCAUAGUGCUUUGCCACAAUGACCUGCUGUGUAAAAACAUCAUCCACAACGACAAAGAAGGCCAAGUCAGAUUUAUAGAUUACGAGUACGCCAGCUACAAUUACCAAGCCUUUGACAUUGGGAACCACUUCAAUGAGUUUGCAGGAGUGAGCGAGGUGGACUACUCCCUCUACCCCAGCAGGGAGCUCCAGAUGCAGUGGCUACACAUCUAUUUGCAGGCCUACAAGCGCUUCACCAAGAAGGGGGAGGAGGUGACUGAGUGCGAGAUCGAGACGCUCUACGUGCAGAUCAACAAGUUUGCUUUGGCUUCUCAUUUCUUCUGGGGCUUCUGGGCGCUCAUUCAAGCCAAGUACUCCACUAUCGACUUUGACUUUCUCGGGUACGCUGUGCUGCGGUUCAAUCAGUACUUCAAGAUGAAGCCUGAGGUGAUGGCACUGGAGAUCCCUGAAUGAUCCCUGGCCUCUUACAGCAGUGGCAGCUCCUCCUGAAGUCUUUUUAAGGACUUCAAACGAGAUGCAGAAGCACUUUUCAGAUGGGAACUGAGGUUACACUAGUUUAGUUAGUCCGGUGAAGCGGGGGGGGGGGGGGGGGGGGGUUACACGCAUUGCACAAGCCCCUCCCUUUCCUGUUCUCCUUCCAUGUUUAGCUGCAGCACAUCACAGCGAUACAUGAAGUCUGUUUUAGUUGGAUGAUCAGGCCACCAUUUUGCCAGAUUCUUGAUUUGCCUGAAUGUCGUUUGAAUUGUGAGCAGUGAAGAUCCUACACAGACUGAACUGUGACAUAACUUAGUGUUGUGCCAAGGUGGCCAAAUCAAAACUGUAAAACCCACGAGGAUCAUAUUAAUAUUUGUGUGUUGGAGAUGUGUUGGAAUUCCCCUCUGAAUUCUGCACGAGGGGCUGAUCUAAAUGAAUUCCUGCAAUAAACUGAACGUGUGUAAAUCAGUAUUCCUGUAGAUAUAAUCGAUCCAUUCAGUACUGCCCCACACUCUCAGUUUGUUGUAUGAAUGUUCUGUCUUUUGUUCUACUCCCCCUGUCUAUUAGUAGCUUUUCUGGUGCAUUCCAUACUUUGGAAGGAGAAUUAUGGGAGGGGUAGAGGUACGUGAAUUUUAAAGCUGAUUGUUUUCUUUUUUUCGGAUUGGGGAAGGUUUAUUGUUUUGGUGUUCUAGAACGUAAACUUUUUAAAAAGGCAUGAACCCCUUUCUGAAAGGCCCUGGCAGGGGGACAAACCUGGAGAUAAGCAUUUAUUACAUAAAAAUAUUCCAUAUACUGUGAAUGUAGAACACUGUGACCUACCUGCCCACGGUACUCACUCCUGAUUGGCUAAGCUAUAUCUUGGGCACCCCUUGUCCGAAUCUAAUGGAACUUACACCA